UUUAGCCAAAACACCCAAAAAUCAAUUACCGUUCUCUGCUGUUAUAUUUUUCCAAAGUUCUCUCUCUCUCUCUCUAGGGUUCGAAAAUUAUCUCCACGAAUUCCCUUAGAUCAGUGGAUAUGCAAUUGACCCUUGAAUUCGGUGGUGGAUUGGAACUCCUCUGUGAUUCUGUCAAGAUCCAUAACGUCAAUGUUGAUCCGCCACAAGAUGGAGAAGAUAAGUUUACCAUGAAAAGUUUGCUUGCUUGGGUUCGUACCAAUCUGAUCAAGGAGAGGCCUGAAAUGUUCAUGAAAGGAGACUCCGUGAGACCUGGUGUUCUAGUCCUUGUGAAUGAUUGUGAUUGGGAACUAAGCGGCCAACUUGAUACAACGCUAGAAGAGAAGGAUGUGGUGGUAUUCAUUUCAACCUUGCACGGUGGAUAGUGGGAAUGACUCUUGACGUAGUCCGCUUAUUGCUAGGUGAUUAUUGUGGUUUUGACAUACGCCUGGUUUGCAAAUUCAUCCUUUAUGAUGUUAAGCCGAAAAAUUUGAGAGGGGAAGUACGGCGUGAUAUUUGAUAUUUCUGCACUUGGAUAUUUUUGUACUAGUCGUCAACGGUGAUAUGGGAUGAAAUCCGUUGGUAACUCUACUGUAAUGGUGUUAUAUCGGGCAUUUCAAUUGCUAUUUCAGGGAACGUUUCACA